UGUCAUUUUACUCCGUCUUCACAAAAGACAGACUAUAGUGUUAAAUUUAACUUGCCAACAAAUCAAACAAUUCGUAGAUGGCCACAAUCAUCGAAGACUUUCCAUAGCUAAAGGUAAAAUACAAGACCAGCCAGCAGGUAAUAAUUUGAAACAAAUGAUAUGGGAUGAAGAAAUAGCUCAGAAGGCAGCAAAUUGGGCUGAACAAAAUAAGUUCCAACAUAAUCCUGACAUAAGCUUACCGUCCAAGAGAUUCGAAACUGGUGAAAAUCUUUACUUACACCGCAGUACUGAUCCAAAAUUCGUAUUGAACCUUGAUGUUAGCAUUCAAGAAUGGUUCGACGAGCAUAAGAAUUACAGAUAUAAGAAACUGGAAUUCAGCGAUUUUCAAAGUUCUAAAGUUAUUGGACACUAUACUCAGAUGGUAUGGGCCGACACUAUGUACAUCGGUUGCGCAGUAUCACAGUAUCAGGAUGGCAAAUGGAACUCUAUUCUAGUGGUAUGCAAUUAUGCACCAAGGGGCAACAAAUUAGACGAUCAUCCUUAUGACACACAAGGACGCAGAACGAACGGACUUUUAUGUAAUCUUUCUAAUUGUAAUGGCAUAUAUGGGAAAAGUUGUUCGUAAAUAUAUGCAAUGAUGCAAUUAUUUCUUUUAUAUGGUCUUCCAAUUUCCAUGAGUACCCGUACAGGCAAUUAUCGGUGGUUUACUAUAAUAGCGGCCUAUCUCAACUUAAGAACAAGCAGUGAAUUGGGUGUGUCAAAAAUACACGAACAUUCAAUAAUCCUCCUAGGAGUAACGAAAGAGUAAGACACAAUAAGAGUGGU